AUGUUACAAGAAGGGACAAACCGUAUAACACAUUAUAACGAUGAAAUACACACUCUCAAAAGAGAUGUUGAAAAGAUAAUAUCAGAAAGCAGCACUGAAGAUAAAGAACAAAAUAAUUCCAUUUUACAUGAAAUAAAUGAUAAUCUAAAUGUAAUAUCUCAAGGGAAUAAGUUAUUACAAAUUGAUAAUCUGCUCGAAGGCAACUCUAAUAAGGACUCUGAAUUGGUUAUUGAUCUGGAAUCACUACCAGAUAAGAUUGAUGAGUUUAAAUCACUGUUGAAUUCUUUAGUCCAAUUAUAUUUAGGACAAGAAUCACUUGAUCAAUUUUUAAGGAUCACAAUUAGUGAUAAUAAAGAACAAUUAUUGAAUAUUAAGUCAGUAAAGGAUCCGCGUUAUAAAAAUCUAGAGAAUCAAGUUCAAAUUUUAAAAGAAGACAAUGUUGAUGAACGGGAAAUCGAGAUUGAAAAUUUACGAAAUAAUAUCAAUUCAAUUUGUCAAGAAAUUCUAAAUAAGGAAGACCAACUAAAUGAUUUAACAGCAAAAUUCGAAACCGAAUUAACUCAGUGUUCUGAUUUAUUAAAAGAAUUGAAUGAAAUUGAUGAGGUUAGAAACAAAAAAGUAAUUAACUUAGAGAAUAAGGAAACUAAUGAAAUUCAACAAUACGAACAAUGCAUUGCAAAUAGUGAUGAUAUCAAGAAAUUAACACAGGAAAAAGGUUUACUUCAAAAUGAGAUUGAUGAUUGGCAUAAUGGCCAUAAAUCGCAGGGCAAUAUCAAUAGUAUAAGUAAAAACUUUGGUUCAGAGUUAAACAAUUUAAAACAAAAUGAUAAAGUAAUAAAAAAGUUAAUCAAAAUACAAGAAAAACACCUACUAACUUGUUUGAACACUAGUAUAACUGAGUUUAAAUUUCUGUACCAAGAUUCCAAGAAAGGGAUCACUUUCCGAUGUCAUGAGCAAUACAAUAUUAAAAUCAAAAUAAAUAUACAGGACAAUUCUUUUGAAGAGAUUACCAUACAUAACAUAAAUAACCGCACCAAUUUUCAAACCAUAAAUCAGUUAAAAAAAGAUAUUAAUGAUAAAUUCUAUCAUAAUAAGAAUAUUUUCCAUAUAAUAGAUUAUGUAAAUAACAAACUUAUUAAUACCUGA